AAGAAAUAAUGGAAUUCAUAAAUGGAAAAUAUUUCAUUGUGUUAGUCGGAAACAUUCAGUUCAAACCAUAUCAAGCUUGUUAUCUGUGUUUGCCAAACUUUUUCUUCUUAAAAGAAAAUGAGAGGGUACAUUAAUUAUCUAUUGCGCCGCGAGAUUCUUCCACCGCUUUUAACAAGAUGUUUCCACCGAAGUAUUUCGUCAACGGAAUAUCCUUUAGAGGGGAUAAAGAUUUUGGAUCUCACACGUAUCGUUGCUGGACCUUACUGCACGAUGAUUCUCUCUGAUCUGGGAGCUGAUGUUUAUAAAAUCGAAAAGCCUUUCCACGGAGAUGAGUCCCGAAAAUGGGGACCUCCUUUUUUGGAAAACUCCUCAGACUCUGUUUAUUUUACCGCAUCCAAUCGUAAUAAGAAAAGUGUUUGCAUUGAUUUGAAGAAAGGGAAGGAAAUAAUCCAUGAUUUGGCGUCGAAAUGUGAUGUUUUAGUCGAGAAUUAUAUCCCAGGUAAAUUGAGCGAAAUGGGACUUGGCUAUGAUGAUCUUAAAGAGAUCGCUCCUUCGCUUAUAUACUGUUCCAUCACUGGAUAUGGUCAAACCGGACCGUAUAGGAACAAGCCUGGGUAUGAUGUUAUUGCUGCUUCAAUUGGUGGUCUUCUUCACAUCACAGGAAAUGAGAAUGGUCCACCUGCGAAGGUAGGCGUGGCCAUCACUGAUAUCGCUACCGGAUUAUAUGCUCACGGAGCGAUUUUGGCUGCAUUGCUUCAACGUCAGAGAACGAAUCGUGGACAAAAAAUCGAUGUCAAUUUGUUGUCGACGCAGGUUGCCUGUUUGAUAAAUGUAGCGAGCAAUUAUUUAAACGCUGGAAAAGAAGCUAAGCGGUGGGGCACUGCGCACGAGAGCAUUGUCCCUUAUGAAGCAUUUGCGACGAGCACAGGGCAUAUCACGAUCGGUUGCGGCAGCAAUGAUCAGUUUACAGCUCUAUGCGAUUACCUCGAUAUUCCCGAGAUUGCAGAAGACGAGCGAUUUGCUACAAAUCAAUCACGAGUGGAGCAUCGCCAGACACUGGUGUCUAUUUUAUCUCAAAUCAUUGCAAAACGGUCCUCCUCCGAAUGGAUGCAAAUCUUUACGAACGCGCCUUUCCCUGUUGGACCCAUCAAUAAGAUAGCCGAGGUGUUCCAGGAUCCACAUAUCCGGGAUAUUGAUCUUGUUAAGAGAUUAAGUCAUCCAACUGCGGGCGAAGUACAAGUGGUUGGGCCACCGGUUGUAUACAGUGAAGCAAGGAAUUGUGCGAGAACUGCUCCUCCACUGCUGGGGCAACACACAGACGAGGUGCUGCGUGCUCUGCUCAACUAUAGUGAGAAGCAGAUCGAGCAACUUCGUGAAAAGAGAAUCAUCCAAUAGCAUUUAUCUUCUAUUGUUACGCUAUGUUUUAAAAAUAAAGUGUUCACUCAUCACAUAACGUUACUUUAAUUUCUACAAAAGAACAUCCUUUGCAAUGAAUGUUGACUACGAUUUCCACUAUUUACCAAUUUCCGUA